UCGCCAUCCCCCCCUUCUAGGCCUUUCUUCAACACCCCCCUUAAUGUAGCUAUAGUAUCUUCUGGACGCUUCUGAAUGGGAGCUUCCAGAAACCACCCCUUAAGUAUAAAAAGACACCAGCAUGUCGUGGGGUCUGCAUAGAGUCACUUGAACACACCAAGAGAGAUUUACUGCCCACGGGAGCCGCAGCGAAGCACACAUUUGGAACUCCUCAAGAAGAGAAAGACCAGCUCAGUGGUAAAUUUGACUAUCCUCAAGAAGCGACUGUAGGAAAAGAUUCUAUUCAAGAUGCCUGCCGCUGGAAACGUUAUGGAGGAGGAGGCUGAGACCUUUGCCUUCCAGGCUGAGAUUGCUCAGCUUAUGUCCCUGAUCAUCAACACCUUCUACUCAAACAAAGAGAUCUUCCUUAGGGAGCUCAUCUCCAACUCUUCAGAUGUAAGUAAAAUCAGCACUUUAUCAUACAAGUUCCUUUCCUUGAUUUGCAAAAGCCGAAACGAAGUCUGAGUUGAAUUGGUACUCGGCAUGACCAAGGCUGAUCUGAUCAACAAUCUGGGCACAAUCGCCAAGUCUGGCACCAAGGCUUUCAUGGAGGCUCUGCAGGCUGGAGCCGACAUCUCCAUGAUCGGUCAGUUUGGUGUGGGUUUCUACUCUGCCUACCUCGUGGCUGAGAAGGUGACAGUCAUAACCAAGCACAAUGAUGACGAGCAGUACAUUUGGGAGUCUGCAGCCGGAGGCUCUUUCACAGUCAAACCUGACACCGGAGAGUCCAUUGGCAGAGGCACACGUGUAAUCCUUCACCUCAAAGAAGAUCAGACCGAAUACUGUGAGGAGAAGCGCGUCAAGGAAGUUGUGAAGAAGCACUCACAGUUCAUUGGCUACCCUAUUACACUUUAUGUGGAGAAGACAAGGGAGAAGGAAGUGGAAUAUGAACAGGGAGAAAAGGAAGAGGAAGUUGAUAAAGAUGCUGCUGAGAAGGACAAACCUAAGAUUGAGGACGUGGGCUCCGACGAGGACGAGGACACAAAGGAUGGCAAGAACAAGAGGAAGAAGAAGGUCAAGGAAAAGUACAUUGAUGCCCAGGAGCUGAACAAAACCAAGCCAAUCUGGACCCGUAACCCUGACGACAUCACCAAUGAGGAGUAUGGAGAGUUCUACAAGAGUCUCACCAACGACUGGGAGGACCACCUGGCUGUCAAGCAUUUCUCAGUGGAAGGUCAGCUGGAGUUCCGUGCCUUGCUCUUCGUACCCAGAAGGGCUUCAUUCGACCUCUUUGAGAACAAGAAGAAGAAGAACAACAUCAAGCUGUACGUGCGCAGGGUCUUCAUCAUGGACAACUGCGAUGAGCUCAUCCCCGAGUACCUCAAUUUCAUCAAGGGUGUGGUGGACUCUGAGGAUCUGCCCCUGAACAUCUCCAGAGAGAUGCUGCAGCAGAGCAAGAUCCUGAAAGUCAUCCGCAAAAACCUGGUCAAGAAGUGCCUGGAUCUCUUCACCGAACUCGCCGAGGACAAGGACAACUACAAAAAGUGCUAUGAGCAGUUCUCCAAGAACAUCAAGCUCGGCAUCCAUGAAGACUCUCAGAACAGGAAGAAGCUGUCUGAGCUGCUGCGCUACUACACUUCAUCCUCUGGAGAUGAGAUGGUGUCCCUGAAAGAGUAUGUGGGACGCAUGAAGGACAACCAGAAACACAUCUACUACAUCACAGGUGAGACCAAAGACCAGGUGGCGAACUCUGCCUUCGUGGAGCGCCUUCGCAAAGCCGGCCUUGAGGUCAUCUACAUGAUCGAGCCCAUCGAUGAGUACUGUGUCCAGCAGCUGAAGGAGUAUGAUGGCAAGAACCUGGUCUCAGUGACCAAGGAAGGCCUGGAGCUGCCCGAGGAUGAGGACGAGCUGAAGAAGCAGGAGGAGCUCAAAAAUAAAUUUGAAAACAUUUGCAAGAUCAUGAAGGACAUCCUCGACAAGAAGAUUGAGAAGGUCUCAGUCUCCAAUCGCCUGGUCUCUUCCCCCUGCUGCAUCGUCACCAGCACCUACGGCUGGACGGCCAACAUGGAGAGGAUCAUGAAGUCCCAGGCCCUGAGAGAUAACUCCACUAUGGGCUACAUGACAGCUAAGAAGCACCUUGAGAUCAACCCUCUGCAUCCAAUCAUUGAGACCUUGAGGGUGAAGGCAGAGGCUGACAAGAACGAUAAGGCAGUGAAGGACCUGGUCAUCCUCCUCUUCGAGACUGCCCUGCUGUCUUCAGGAUUCACACUGGAGGACCCCCAGACACAUGCCAAUCGCAUUUACAGAAUGAUCAAGCUUGGUCUCGGCAUUGAUGAUGAUGAUUCUGCAGUUGAGGACCUCAUUCAGCCUGCUGAUGAAGAUAUGCCAGUCUUGGAAGGAGAUGAUGACACAUCAAGAAUGGAGGAAGUUGACUAAAAUACUUAGAAAAGUCUUUCCUGCUUAUUUGAUUAUUUUUGUAAUUAUAUUGCUUUCUUAGACAUGUCACUCUAACACAACUCUCAUUUCUGAAACAGUAUUAACUA